AUGGGACAACUUCCAGCCUCACGUGUUACACCAUCACUUAUCUUUGAACACACUGGAGUUGACUACGCUGGCCCAGUGGCUCUCAAGUUCUUCAAUGAUCGUGGUACGCGCAACUAUAAGGCCUGGAUCGCUGUAUUAGUAUGCUUUUCAACGUCUGCUAUUCAUCUGGAACUAGUAACCGAUUACAGUGCUCAAGGAUUCCUGAAGGCACUUCGCCCAUUUACAUCUCAUCGAGGAAUCUGUAAAACACUCUCCAGUGACUGCGGAACCAACUUUCAAGGCGCACAAGUUGCUUUAGAACGUCUCCUGGCGGGAUUCACUAAAGAAUCUCAACACCUGCAACAGCUCAUCGCCAAUGAUGGCACUCGCUGGAAAUUUAAUCCGCCUGGAGCUCCCCACAUGAGUGGAAAAUGGGAAGCAGCUGUUAAAUCAGUGCAACAACAUCUAGCUAAAAUCAACUCGGACAAACUGCUGACAUACGAAGACAUUUCCACACUUCUGAUGCAAAUUGAAGCUGUACUAAACUCUCGUCCACUUAGUGCUCUCUCAGAAGAUCCUGAUGAUCUUGUAGCACUAACUCCAGGUCACGUCAUCCGAGGGGCUCCUCUCACUACAAUACCAGAACCAUCUCUGCUGCAUCUGCCUUCAAAUCGCCUCUCAUUACUUUAA